UUUGCGAGAUCUGGCAACUCUCCAAACAAGCAUUUUUUAUUACAACACAUUUUCCGAAAUUUUUAACGAAAUUCCAAAAUUUCUAUUUGUAAUUGAGGUAAAAUCAGUUGGAAAACAGACUAAAUAAUGGCCAAAGCCAUACCAGAACGAUGGUUGAAUUAUAAACCUAUUGGCGAGCGUGUUCCUGGUACUCGCUUUAUAGCAUUCAAGGUGCCGCUGCAUCAGCAUGUCAACGCCAGAGUGGAGGAGCAUCUUCGCCUGGCGCCCGAAUCACUGCUGGAAUCUGUACCCGAUCUGGGCCUCAUCAUCGACCUGACCAACACGAACCGAUACUACCAUCCCAGUGCCAUGAUCGACAACGAUGUGCGUCACCAGAAGCUGAUGAUACCCGGUAAACAGACGCCUUCACGAAAACUCGCCGAAAAAUUUUGUGAUUUUGUGGCCGACUUCCUUAAGAGCAAUGCGGAUAAUGACAAACUAAUUGGAGUCCACUGCACGCAUGGAGUAAAUCGAACUGGUUACCUGAUCUGCUACUUCAUGAUAUCCGUUAUGAAAAAGUCUCCCGAGGAGGCGAUAAAGAACUUUGCUGCAGCCCGUGGACACGAAAUCGAGCGACCGAAUUACUUGAAGUCCUUGAAUAAGCUUUCGGAUCAAGAGGCGAAUAAGAAUCGUUCUCUUUCAAAAGAGUCAAGUAAAGAGGACAAUCACAAUGAGUAUGGGUAUAACAGCAGAUACCACGCCAAUAGGGAAUAUAAAGAUUACCGUCAGCAAGAUAGACACUACCAAAGAGGUGGAGGUUAUUACCAAAAAUCUAACUACAGAGACCAGAACUACGGAGCUCCUGACAGCAGUAACUGGCGAAGCGGAAAUUCGAGAAAUUAUUCAGGAGACCAGAACUACGGAGCUUUUGACAACAGUAACUGGCGAAGCGGAAAUUCGAGAAAUUAUUCAAACCAUUCAAGAAACAACCAGUGGAACCAUCAGGAUCAUCAGAGCUACUAUAAAAACAGAAGAAAUGACAGCACAUAUGGGCAAAAGGUCGGUUACUACAAGAAUGACUGGCCUUAUUCCCGCAACCAUCGACAGGUUCGAGAGUAUCACCAAGACCGUUAUCAAAACAAUAGAUCAGCAGGUGGCUAUCAUCAACAGAACUCGAGAGGCUAUAAACAGAAUCAUUAUCAAAAUUACCAACGAGUCGAUUCGAGAAGACACAGCAGACGCAACUACGAGGAUGAGGAGUAGCUUUAGAGUUUCAAGUAAACAAUUUUAUAUUGUAGAAAAUCCCUGAACUAGAUUGUAAUAAAUUUCCAAUGGCACCUUGAGCAA